CGGGGACCACCCGGCCAGCUGGCUAGCCAGCCUGCGGAGACUCCCCGGUUCGCUCGCCGGGCUGGGGCUGGGGGCUGCAACCGGGGCUGACCGCCGGGCGCCUAGGGCGGCCCCGGGCGUGGCACAGAGAAGGAUGCGGCGGGCGGACUAGGCGGAGGUGCUCUCGGGAGACUGGGUGCGGGCCAGGCGGCUCCCCAGGCUCCGCAGUGCCGCCGCCGUCGCCCAGGAGGCUGGGCGCGGGAGCCAUGUAACCCUGCGGCGGGCUCCGGGCAGCUCCGUCCUUCCCCAGCUCCCGGGCUAGCGCGGCAGCGGGGCCACGAUGAAGAAGCAGUUUAACCGCAUGCGCCAGUUGGCCAACCAGACGGUGGGCAGGGCAGAAAAGACUGAAGUUCUGAGUGAAGACCUUCUCCAGGUGGAGAAGCGCCUGGAGCUGGUGAAACAGGUGUCCCACAGCACACACAAGAAGCUCACCGCAUGUCUGCAGGGUCAGCAGGGAGCGGAGGCGGACAAGCGAUCAAAAAAGUUGCCUCUGACGACGCUGGCUCAGUGCUUGGUGGAGGGGUCUGCGAUCCUGGGCGAUGACACGCUUCUCGGGAAGAUGCUGAAGCUCUGUGGAGAGACGGAGGACAAGCUAGCUCAGGAGCUGAUCCACUUUGAGCUGCAAGUGGAGAGGGAUGUGAUCGAGCCCCUGUUCCUACUAGCCGAGGUGGAAAUUCCAAAUAUUCAGAAGCAAAGGAAACAUUUAGCAAAGCUGGUGCUUGACAUGGAUUCUUCCCGGACCAGGUGGCAGCAGACUUCCAAGUCUUCAGGGCUUUCCAGCAGCCUUCAGCCUGCGGGUGCCAAAGCCGAUGCCCUCAGGGAGGAGAUGGAGGAGGCUGCCAACAGAGUGGAGAUUUGCCGGGACCAGCUUUCCGCUGACAUGUACAGUUUUGUGGCCAAAGAAAUUGACUAUGCAAACUACUUUCAAACGCUAAUAGAAGUGCAAGCUGAGUACCACAGGAAGUCGCUGACACUGCUGCAGGCUGUGUUGCCUCAGAUCAAAGCGCAGCAGGAGGCCUGGGUGGAGAAGCCUUCCUUUGGGAAGCCCCUGGAGGAGCACCUGAUGAUCAGUGGCCGAGAGAUCGCCUUCCCAAUCGAGGCGUGUGUGACGAUGCUGCUGGAGUGUGGGAUGCAGGAGGAGGGCCUCUUCCGGGUAGCCCCCUCAGCCUCCAAACUGAAGAAACUGAAAGCUGCUCUGGACUGCUGUGUGGUGGAUGUCCAGGAGUACUCUGCUGACCCCCAUGCCAUAGCAGGGGCUUUGAAGUCUUAUCUCCGAGAGUUGCCAGAGCCUCUUAUGACCUUUGAACUCUAUGACGAAUGGAUCCAGGCUUCUAAUAUCCAGGAGCAAGACAAGAGACUUCAGGCUCUCUGGAAUGCUUGUGAGAAGUUGCCCAAGGCCAACCAUAACAACAUCAAAUACUUGAUCAAAUUUUUAUCGAAACUGUCUGAAUAUCAGGAUGUAAACAAGAUGACUCCCAGUAACAUGGCAAUCGUCCUGGGACCCAACCUCCUUUGGCCACAGUCAGAGGGGAACAUCACCGAGAUGAUGACCACAGUUUCCCUGCAGAUCGUUGGCAUCAUCGAGCCCAUUAUCCAGCACGCAGACUGGUUCUUCCCUGGGGAGAUAGAGUUCAACAUCACAGGCAGUUAUGGGAGUCCGGUCCACGUGAACCACAAUGCCAACUACAGCUCAAUGCCCUCCCCAGACAUGGACCCUGCUGACCGGCGCCAGCCAGAGCAGGCCCGCCGGCCCCUCAGUGUUGCCACGGACAACAUGAUGCUGGAGUUUUACAAGAAGGAUGGCAUGGGUGUGAGGGUCAUGGACACAUCUUGGGUGGCACGAAGAGGCUCCUCUGCUGGUCGGAAAGCAUCCUGCGCCCCGCCUUCCAUGCAGCCUCCUGCCCCACCCUCCGAGCUGGCUGCACCCCUGCCUUCACCCCUGCCGGAGCAGGUCCCAGACAGCCCUGCCACUCCAGCUCCUGCGCUCUCUCCAUCAGGUGCCAGCCUGCAGCCCACCCCCGAGCGCCCCAGUGUGUCUAAAAGCAAGGAACUAUCGCCAGGGUCUGGGCAGAAAGGAAGUCCAGGUUCCAUCCAGGGGACAGCCUGCCCAGGGACGCAACUGGGGCCACAGCCGGCUGCCAGCCCCAGCCAGCUUCCUGCAGACCAGAGUCCUCAUACCCUCCGGAAAGUUUCAAAGAAGGUGGCACCAAUUCCUCCCAAGGUCCCCUUCGUGCAGCCAGGGACUGUUCCAGAUCAGCCCGUUGGCCAGCCAUCCCCAGUCAGUCUGUCCCCUACUCCACCAAGCACCCCAUCACCCUAUGGACUGAGCUACCCUCCGGGGUACUCCAUGGCCUCUGGCCAGCUUUCUCCUGCCUCAGCUCCUCCCCUGGCCUCUCCCUCUGUCUUUACAAGCACUUUAGCCAAAUCUCGGCCCACCCCUAAGCCCCGACAGAGGCCCACCCUGCCGCCUCCUCAGCCUCCCAGUGUCAGCCUGUCGGCUUCGAGUCCACAGUCCACAGAGCACCCCAUGUUAGACGGCAUGUCGCCGGGGGAGAGCAUGUCUACAGCUGUGUGACAUGAGUGGCGCAGUGUUGGAUACGUGUGAGGGGGAUUUUCAGGAUCUCGUCCACUUUGAUGUCCCCUCCAUCCACAUAGAGCUGGGGUCAACGCUCCGCCUGAGCCCCCUGGAACAUGCACGGCGGCACUCGGCAACGGACAAGAGGGACUCAGAAGAGGAGUCUGAGAGUACAGCCCUUUGAUGUGGCCCACCUGACAAAUGUACAUACGUCUGUGGGCCCUGAGACACCACCCAGGGCAGUGCCUCUAGCCUGCCAGGGACUUUCCAUCAGCUCUUUGCUGUCAUGUCCAACACCAGGGUGGGGUUGGGCGGAGGAAAAGAGCUCUCCUGUCCAUGUGGCCAGUGUUGGUGGUGCAGAUUCUGUUUGUUCGGUCUGGGUGAUGAUUCCAGCUUUUCUUUUUUUUUUUUUUUGACCUUUGCCUUUUGACUUUGUGCCUAUUUUGAUCCAUCUUUGGCCUCUAUGGCAAGCAGCAUCCACCUCUCCACUCAAGGGCUUAUCAGGAUGGCCUUUGCAGGAUGAGGGUGCAGAAGAGUCCCCUUACUGCCUUGACUGGGACAUCAGGUCCUACAGCAUCACCAUAAGGGCCAGAGAGGAAGCAAGACAGGAGGAGACCCUUUUGCUAAGACAAGAGAGUCCUGGGGCCAACCAGAAAGACCUUUCAGGCUACCCUUAAUCACAGCUCCAAAGUACUCAGCUUAAGACACCCACUUCUGACAGCUUUACUUCCCCUGUGUCAUGAAGGCUUCCUGUACUCCACGCUGACAAUCUGAAUUGAGGAUUUGAACAUAGGUGGCCCUAUGUAGGUCUCCAUGUUCCCCAAACACAUUAGGGAUCUUAGAGCACUUUCGCAUUCAGGCACCCCGUAGGUGUGUGGGGCCUGACUCUCCUCUUCUGGAGGUUACAGCUGACUAGCAAUAAUUCUGUUUCCCAAAGCAGGUAGAGGGUGGUACUGGGCACCUAGCCCACAGCUUGGCCUGCGUGGCUCACCAGCAGACCCUGCUCAUCCUUCUCACCACAUCCCAUGCGGCCCUGGGGCAAGGGCGCAGGAAGCCUGUUCACACUUUGGGAUUAAGGGAAUAAAACAGAUCUGGGCCAUGCAUGCACAGAAAGUUUAAAGUUUGUUCCUCUGAAAAUAGAUAUACCUAUACAUGAUAUAUUUGUAUAUAUGAAAUCUAUAUUUGUUUAAUUUGAGCCAUUCAAUCUAAACCUAUGUACAGGUGUACAAUGAAAAAUUCUAAAUGCUUAGUUAUUUUUCCCAGCAGCGUGAACUCACCCUUCUCCGAGAGUGGGAUCUGCAGACUUGACGUUACAGCUUCGCUCACUUCCUGGCAAGGGCAGUCCAGUCCCCAAAUUUGUAACGGAGCCUGGGGGUUGAAGGUUAUCUUUACAUACAUGUACAAACUGUUGUCAAGAGUAAUGUUAUUAAAAUAGAUUUAUUAACCCUGA